GCAGUGAUUGAAACCCAGCAAGGAAGGAACAAGCAGAACUCUGUAGAGCUCAACAGGACCUUUUUUUUUCUUUUUGCGUUUAAGCUAAUUUUUUGGAAGAGGGAACCAGGCAUGGCGGACAGGUAUUUUGAAAUCCAGAGACGCAGCAAUCCCAUGGGGAAUUCUAUCCCGUCGGGCCGGCAGCUCCCCAGGACACCUCCUUUGAAGGAGCAGGAUUUUUGUGAGAAGGAUGCAAAGGGGAAUUUUGAGAGAGAUGGUGGCGACAGUGACCAAAGCGGCGCACAUUAUCCCAGCCAUCUCGAGACAGAAAACAUUUCAGAACCAGUGGAUCCCAAUUCAGUGCUGAAAGGCAUGAAGGGAUAUCAGCUGACUGAAGCAGACUUGGAAUUUAUUAAAAAGAUGAAAGAAGAGCAACUUGUUAAAAAGCUGCAGGGAGACCUUGAAGAGAUGCAGAAGCUGUUAAAGAAGGAAACGAUGGCCUUCGAGCUGGCGUGCGCUUCCAGGGAGAAAUCGCAGGCCGAGCUGAACAAGUUUCCGUCCUGUGAAGAGCUGACUGAGUGGUUAAAGGUGGUCCUCGGGAUAACAUUGCCGCAGACUGACUUCACAGACCUGGACGCCAAGUCUCUCCUCGCCAUGGUGACCAUGGAAAACGUCCAGAGGGCCGUGAACGAGAAGAAGACUGAGCUCGCUGAGAUGAACAAGACGAUCAAAAAGAAGAGGAAGAAAGAGGCUAAAGAACGAGGGGAGCUUGAAAAGCAAAUCACCAACGAACAGCUGAAGAUUCAAGGGUUGAUGAGGGAGUUAUCACAACUUAAAUCUGAACUUGAACAAGAGGAAGCUUAUAAAUUCACAGAAAUGCAGACCAACACUCCCGAAGCUCCACAAAUCAAAGAGGAACCAAAAGACACGAAAAGCCAAGUGAAACUUGGAGGAAAGGACAGAAAAAAGGUUGUGAAAAUUGCUGAAAAGUCCCAAAACGCGCCAAACAAAGUUAAAUCCCCAAAGAGCAAACGCGCGAAGAAUAAAACGGAAAGUCAGGCAAAUAAAAACAAAAGUGAAACUACGAAGACGCCGAAGGAAGAGGAGCCGAAACGGAAAUCUGCAGAAGAGAAGCCUACUGUUAAACCAGCCAUAGGGAAGCAGAAGAGAGCAGAGGAAUUGAAUUUCCAAGCCCAGAAAAGGAGCAGAAAGACAGCUGAAAAUGCUCAGAGUACGACUUCACAACCAAAAAGUCAAGUGGAGACCGGAGAGGAGACGACAAACCUCGGCUUGAGAAGAUCCAAGAGGAUAGCUAGCAAGAGGUGAGGGAUGUGACUCUGGUCAUGUGACUAUUAAUGCAUCCUUAAAAUGUUUUAUUAGGGCAUUUUAAUUGUUCAAGCUAACAUCAGACUUUUUUUUGUUUGUUUUUAUAAUUAUAUUUGUACCCACUGUAUAUUUCCUUUUAUUUAUACUAUAAAAAAUAAAUGGACCUUUUCACAAACCUA